GGACUCCGCUGCAGGGUUUGUGCGAUUCACGGCGCACGCGGUACGACCCACAGUCACUAGUCAGUGCGACAGUUGGUCGCUCAAUGCGCGUCGCGCGCGCCUCUUUUCCAAAUUCCUUCAACAUUCCUAAAUUAUUUGCUAGUCAAAAUGAAGUUCAGUGUUUACGUUUAUAAUCGGAAGUGUUUGUGCAAAUUUAAAAAAAGUGAAUUAGUUCUCUAAUCGUUACUUGCUACGGUCCAAAGAACAAUGCUGUGGGAAAAAAUAACGUUCAGCUGGCAUCGGCAGUCGUUCCCAACCUACCUUACCUCUCUCCCCGCGCCGGCAGGGUACCGGGUUCAAUGCGCCUCUCUGCGUUUAUUCAUCGUUUGUGGGAAAAGUUGACCCCCGUUUUUAAAAAUUAUUGUUAACGAAUUCACACGAUUCGUAUUGUAGUCACUACCGCAUCUUAGAUGAUCGAAUUGAAAGCUAGCAACACAAGAGGUUGUAGAUGCAACAGGUAUUUAAUUGAAAGCUACUCAAAUGAAACUAAUUCUGUGUAAAGUGAUUAAUGAGGCACCAGCGUAAAUACCGAAUGUUUUUAUGCGCCAACUGACAAGGUUGCAGCAUUCCGCAGACCUAAACUAUUUAUUCUGGGCUUUGCGAUGUUUGUCGAGUUUCAACUUCGUCGAAAUUAUUAUCUUACUGUGUUGCGGAUAGAACAUUAUCAGAGGAGGACAAUACUCUUACAUUAGGCAACGUGUGUGAUGUUAGUGAAUGAAAUGUUGAAAUAGCCGUUGAAUUUCAACGGAAUUAGUGAAUACGUCCGCCGUAAUGUGAAUAUAGUGACGACAUCGAGUGAUGUGGAUGUAGUAUCGUUAGUGAAUUACAGAUCCGCGUGUGAAGUUUAGUUUUGAAACGAAAUAGUGUGCAAAUCUGACAAUGGGGAAUCAAGGAUCUUCAGCGCACGAGCCAUUCGACAGGGCGCAGGCGGCUGCCAAUGCUGACCUUAAAAUGAAGUCGUCUGUGCGUGCGUCGUUGCGGCGAGCGCGCGCGGGCGCGGCUCUGUCCCCGCCGCGCGCCGGCAUGGAGCGACUGCGACGCUCGUUCCGGGAGUCCUUCCGGAGACGCAAGGGUUCGCCUCCAGAGUCAGCACGGCCUCAUCAAUGGCACGCAGACGAGGCCGCCGUGCGAGCCGGCACCUGCACCUUCCCUGUCAAAUACCUCGGCUGUGUCGAGGUGUUCGAGUCCCGCGGCAUGCAAGUCUGCGAGGAAGCGCUUAAGAAUUCCCGUCGUCGCCCAGUGCGCGCCGUGUUGCACGUCAGCGGUGAUGGACUGCGCGUCGUUGAGGAGGAGACCAAAGGGCUCAUCGUAGACCAGACCAUUGAGAAGGUGUCAUUCUGCGCGCCUGAUAGGAACCACGAGAGGGGCUUCAGUUACAUAUGCCGUGAUGGCACGACCCGUCGUUGGAUGUGCCACGGCUUCCUGGCGUCCCGCGACAGUGGCGAGCGUCUGUCCCACGCUGUCGGCUGCGCGUUCGCGGCGUGCCUGGAGCGCAAACAGCGCAGAGAUAAAGAGUGCGCCGUGUCGAUGAGCAUCGACGCCGCGAGCCAUGCGUUCACCAGGCAGGGCUCUUUCAGGAAAUCUGGCAUAACUCCACGACGCGCGUCCGAAGCAGAUGCCAACAACAGCAAUGGGUCGGUGAUAGUGCCCGUGGGGUCCCUGGGCGGCAUCACGAAUGUCCCCGCGACGGUGCCAGUGGUGCAGCCGGCGGCCCCUAGACCGACCCCGCACAACCCCUUCGCGGUGGAGCGACCCCAUGCCGCGCCACAUCUACUCGAGCGACAGGGCUCUUUCCGUGGAUUCGCGCAUCUUAACAACAGUUCUCCAUUCAAGCGUCAGAUGUCCCUGCGUAUCAGUGAGCUCCCCUCUAACUUGGAGCGCCAGCGCGCCGGACUGGGCUCCCCCACGCGAGCCGUCGCAGCCGCGCCUGUAGCCGUCGCCGAACCAAGGCCUGAAGCUGUACCCGCACAGGCGGAGCUAUCGUCGGCGGACCCAGUGGCGGCGAUGUGCCAGCAGUUGUCUGCGGGGCUGCGUGCGCUGGCGGAGGAGCCGGUGGCCGUGGCGGCGGCCGAGCCCGUGGCCGCGGCCGGCACGCUGCCGCACCCCGACGCGUGGCUCGGCCGCGUGGCGCAGGCCCCGCCGCUGGCGCAGGCCCCGCCACUGGCGCGGGCCCCGCCUGCAGUGCGCGCCCCGCCGCUGGGACAGACGGGCCGCGCCCAAUCGUACGCGGGUCGCGCGGCGUCCACGAACCCGUUCCUGUCGCCCGGGGACGUGGCCCCGGCCCUGUAGGGCGCGGCCCGCGCUGCACCGGACCAGCUCCUGCUGGUGUUCGACUGAAGCCCGGGACUGGCGCCCCCCACCUCACGGCGCGGUAUAUGUCGCUCAGCAAAUAUUCUGCUUCCGUCGUGACGGAGUGGGACAGGGCUCAACGAAUUCCAGUCCACGUCAAAAGUCGUGCAGCGCGUUAUUGUAAAUCAAUCCUAUUCGUAACCUCGGCUGGUUACUGUCACGUGUACCACUUAUCUUUCUAUGUAGAACUUACUAUGAAUGUACUUGAUAGAGGACAGAGCGUUCUCUUGCGAUAUCUCGCUGGAACCAUGUACUUAUUGCACUAAUCGAUCGAUGUCGUCUUACUUAAAAAGUUAAAAAAACAAUAAGUACUUAUACUUGUUUCGUAGUAAAAGAGUAGGUUUAGCUCACUACUCGUGUUAUUUUUGUAAUAAUAUUUAUAAAACAAUGACUUAUAAAAUGAGAUGGAAUGUGUCGUCUAAUACGAUUCAAGAAAAUGUUCCUUUUAGUAAAUUGAAUAGACACAUCGUAUAGUAUACGUCGAUGUUGUGAUUUACUGAGUAUUGCUAUUGUAGCUGACAAACAUCAAAGUAAACGAGUUAGGCGUUGAACUAUUACAACUGGGCCUCGAUUCACUAUACACAAGCAUGAACGGCGGCGCGCCGCUUCUAACGUAUCAUGUUCUUAUUACAAAAUAUCAUUAAUGUGAUGUAUGCUUACCUAUAGUCUUGCUAAUGUGUUAUAGGAUAUUUUUAAUAAUCAAACACUGAUUCACUUCGCUGUUAGAGAAGCAUUAUUAAAAUUAUGUCUUUCAAUGUGGGGUUCGGUUCAAAGACCGGAAUAUAUGUUAGACAUGAUCCUAAUUUAUACGUAACUGGAGUUGUAUGCUUGUGUUGCCAAAUUGACUAGUACUGGUAUACAGUACUUGUGCGUUGUAACGGGGUUGCAUUGAUAUGAUACGAACAAUAUGAAACAGUUUGACUAGGAUUACCUCGGGACGAUUGUUAUUUUUGUAUCAAUAUAACCGGUGCGAGAAAUUGACGGAUUUUGAGAAUAAAUGGAAAUUACAUUUGUGUGAUGACUAGCUUGAUUUAUAUAAUAUUGUACUUAACUCUAUAGUGAAUCGCACCGUGCUUUCGCGCCACACGCUACUACUGUUGUGUAUGUUAAAUGUUCGUCUUUUAAUACGUAAGAUUAUAUUAAUUCCAUAAAAUUCGUCCAUACAGUAUUAGUCGGGCCGAACGGAUUAUCUAAACACUGUACAACAACAAACAAACGAACAAUGCAGUAUUUUAAUAUUAAAUCAUUUUUAUGUAAAAUAGGAUUUUUGAUAUAUUUUUCCUUUUUUGUAUAUACUUGUAAAGUUGUAAGCUAUUUAUAUCUUCAUCAUUCGUGGAUCUGUUUUUUAUACUUUUUUAUUACAUUUUUUUCUACGCUGCUAUAAAUAGUAGGUGUUUGGAACGAACAAAUGGUAAUUGUCAUUUUCAUGUUAGUCAUUUUAAAAUUGCGUACUUACUUUACACAAUCUUAAUAAUUAAUUUAGUUACUAAUUUACGUUAUGAUGUUAUAGUUUUCUGUUAUGUUGAGCCAGCUAUCUUAAGUAUAGAUUACAUGGUUAAAUCAAUGUAUGUUGCUGUAAAUAGUUUUGUCGCAUCUUAUAUUGUCGUCUCUGUUUUGCAUUCGUUUUGAUUGAAACUCAAAAUGGAGACAUUAUUUGGUUAUAAAAUAAUUCUUUAGCGAAUUUAAUACUAAACUUUCUAACCGCACACAUCUAUGCCGUGUCUUUAAUAAAAUCUUCUCUUUAUAACUUAGCACGGGGCCUUCAGAAAGUGUAAUCAUACCUUUACGCUCAGUUACGGCCCCGGCACGACACGGCCAAGUGGAAAGACCUUAAUAGCAAUUCAAAUUAGUUGAAUAUCUACAUUCCAGUAUACUUUGAAAAUAACACAUUGUAAUUGAUAGAUUGAAUAGAUAUAAUGCAUAUCACAAGCUAGCCUUGCAUAAAUUAUACGCACUUAUGUACUUACGAAUUGUAAAACUUUAUUGAAUAGUACUUAAACUUAUUGAAAACUUCUAGAUAUUAUCCUUGUAACCGAAAAUUAAUGUUGUUAUAAUGUAAUGCAGCUUUAAAGGCACCUAUAUUUGGAUACAUUUAAGCGUAUAUUCUGAAUGUCCUAUUUAACUGUGUCUAUUAGAAAAUCAAACUUCAUAUAAUGAAAAUUUGCUGUAUGUUUCUGAAUAUUUUGUAGUUCUCUUUCCGAACUAAAUUUAUUGUAGCGAUGUACAGAUAUGAAAUUAAAGGGAAAUAUUUAUGAUACUGUAUGUGUAUUGACAUUUGACUACGUGUAAGUGCACAUUAAAUCUUGACUAGCACCAAUAAGCGAGUUUUAAAGUUAUCGCUAUUAUACAAAGUACAUUAGAUUCGUAGUUAUAAAUGAGUAGGUCAUUCCGGAAUAUAUUUUCGUGUGCUUAUAUAGAACUAUUGGAACCGUUGUACUUAAAUAUAUGGAAAAUCACGUUGUUAUUGACCUUUUGUUGGGUGUUAUUUGUAUAUUAUACAGUGAUUUUAUCUUUGUCUAAAGCAUGUAAAUAUUGGCGUAUAUAUGUAGAUAUAUUAGAUAAUGAGAGUUCAAAUAUUAUAAAAAAUAAUAAAUUAUGUUUAGUUGAAA